AUGGCACGCGACAGGUUUGCUCGGCAGAGCCUCGGUGGCACGCUGCAUCAGCGCAUCAGAGAGGCACGCGUCUUGAUGGUAGGAGCUGGCGGCAUCGGCUGCGAACUGCUCAAGAACCUCGUUCUCACCGGCUUCGGCGAAAUUCACAUUGUAGACCUCGACACCAUCGACCUCAGCAACCUCAACCGCCAGUUCCUGUUCCGCAACGAGCAUAUCAAGAAGUCCAAAGCAUUGGUUGCGAAAGAGUCGGCCGGCAAGUUCAACCCCAACGUCAGCAUCGUAGCGUACCACGACAACAUCAAGGAUGGCCAGUUCAGUGUCGCCUGGUUCCAGAGCUUCGGCCUCGUCUUCAAUGCGCUGGACAAUCUGGACGCGCGGCGACAUGUCAACAAGAUGUGUCUCGCGGCCAACGUCCCGCUGAUUGAGAGUGGCACCACUGGCUUCAACGGCCAAGUUCAGGUUAUCAAGCGGGGCGAAACCGAAUGCUACGAUUGCACGCCCAAAGACGCCCCCAAGUCGUUUCCCGUAUGCACCAUCCGAAGCACGCCCUCGCAACCCAUCCACUGCAUAGUAUGGGCCAAGUCAUAUCUCUUCGCCGAGAUCUUUGGCACCUCAGAAGACGAAGCGCCCGAGCUAGACCAUAGCGAAUAUGCCGAUAAUGCCAGCGAAGUCGCAAACCUACGAAAGGAAGCACAAGCGCUGAAGCGAAUUCGCGAUUCCAUGGGCUCCCACGACUUCCCGCGACUGGUUUUCGACAAGGUUUUCCACGAGGAUAUCGAGCGGUUACGGAGCAUGGAAGACAUGUGGAAGACUAGGAAAGCGCCCGAGGCAUUGGACUACGACACGCUUAUGCAGGAAUCGUUGGGUGCCGGUACAGGAAUCGCACAGCAAGACCAAGUCACGUGGAAUGUAGCAGAGAAUUUCGCCGUCUUCGUGGACAGCAUCAAGCGACUCAGUACUCGGCUGGAAGAGACGCGCGCAAACGCUGAUGUUGGGAACUCGGUUCCUAUUCUCAGCUUCGACAAGGACGACGUGGACACGCUGGACUUUGUCGUCGCAAGUGCAAACCUGCGCUCACAUAUCUUUGGCAUAGAAAUGCGGUCCAAAUUUGACAUCAAGCAAAUGGCUGGCAACAUUAUUCCCGCGAUUGCGACUACAAACGCCAUGACUGCCAGUCUCUGCGUUCUACAAGCUUUCAAAGUCAUGCGCGAACAGCUCGACAAAGCCAAGAUGGUCUUCCUCACCCGUAGCACCGAGCGCGUCGUCUCAAGCGAGUCACUACGACCACCAAAUCCCCGCUGUGCAACUUGCGGUGUAUGCUAUGCCACGCUGCAUGUCGAUCUACCGCGUGCGAAACUGAGCGAUCUGGUCAAUAUCAUUCUGAAGAAACAGCUGGGCUAUGGAGAAGAAUUCAGCGUCAAACGAGAUUCGGAUAUCCUCUACGAUGUCGACGAGGACAUGCAUCUCGACAAGACAUUCGAGGAACUCGGCCUUAACGGCGACACCUUCCUCACAAUCUCCGACGAUUCGGAAGAAGAUGGAAAGGUUGAUUUGGUAUUUUCUGUGAUACACCAAGAUUUCACCGAGAACGCAAACCCACUCAGGUUACCGGAUGAGGUCAAGAUUGCGACAAAGCCCAAGAUAUCUAUACCAGAGACCAAUGACCAUGCGACUGUCAACGGCACCGUUCUGAACGGUGAUGUCAAGGAUAUCAGCAAUGGAAACACGAACGGUGCUGCGAAGCGCACAGCCAGCGAAGCAGGUCUCCAGGAUGAGCUCGUCCGGAAGAAGGGUAAGGUCAUCGAGGAGUCACAAAAGAAAGACGAUGGCCAUAUCACUAUCGAAGACGACAAGAAUGACGGAGCGAUUGUCAUUGAUGAUGACUGA